AUGACGAGCGACUGGGCGCGGGCGCUGGCCUUGGUGCGCCAGUUCCAUCUGCGGAGCCUGGAGCUGGACGUCUUCUCUUUGAGCGCCGCCACCUGCGCUCUGGCGGGUCGCUGGUCGUUGGCUGUGGCCUUCUUCACGCAGAUGCUGCAGAAGGGCCUCGAGGCCAAUGUGGUGAGCACGAACUCUCUGAUCCUCGGACCCUGGCGUCGGGCGCUUUCUCUCGCGCUGGGAGGGGGCGACUUGGUGGCCGGCAACGCGGGGAUGGCGCUGUGCCGGCGGCGGUGGCGCCUCGUGCUGGCGCUGGAGGCACAGCUAGGCGCGGGGGGCCUCCGGCGCGACGUGGUGACCUGGGGGGCCAAAGGGGCCGCCUUGGAGAGCGCGGGGCAGUGGCGCCGCGCCUUCGAAGCCGAAGGCUGCGUCUAA